AUGGAUCAAAAGAACCUCGAUGCUGGUGUGGAAGCAACAAUCUCCAUCGACCGUGGAGAGAUCAAUGCUGCGCGAGCCUCAGUUUCUCCCUCGCAAGCUGAGCAGCACGAUGAGAUCGAGAAGUUUGCCAGAACGCAUCAAUGGGAUCCUAAUCUACCCCAGGCGAAGGUGGAUGCCAUUUCGCAGGCGCUCCAUGUUGGAGAAGCCGAGACAGCUUUUGAGGUAGAGAAAGAGCUCAUUGAGAAAUCUCCUUACGUGGAGGUUCAAGCAGCUGUCCGCGAUAUUGACGAUGGUGAAUACGCGAGCACCCUGCGAGCAUGGAUCUUAGGUUUGACCGCGUCUACCAUCGUCUCCGGCAUCAACAUGUUUCUCAGCAUGAGAUCCCCCUCGAUUGCUAUCCCAGCCGUCGUGGUCAUUCUCGUUAUCUAUCCCAUCGGCUGCUUGUGGGCCAAGGUCAUGCCGAUGCACAAAUUCCGAACCUUCGGGCUGGAAUGGACUCUCAAUCCUGGACGAUUCAGCGUCAAGGAGCACACUGUGAUCGCGUUGAUGGCCAAGAUCACUUCAGAUUAUCCAUACAGCACCAAUGCCCUGGAAGCGCUUCAAGCAAAACCUUUGUACAAUCAUCCAGUUGGCUGGGGAUUCGCCCUCCUGUUUACCCUGUCCAGCCAGAUGAUUGGUAUAUCGUUGUCUGGCAUGUUUCGGAGGUUCCUCGUCUGGCCAGCAGCAAUGAUUUGGCCCGGUCAGUUUGGCACAACGUCCCUGCUCUACGCCUUGCAUGACAAGCGCAAAGCAGACCCUGCAGAGACCGAUGGCUGGCAAAUCUCCCAAUAUCGCUGGUUCAUGUACCUUGCCGGUGGCAUGUUUGCAUACUAUUGGCUACCCGCCGUCCUUUGGCAAGGACUGUCUGUUUUUGCUUUCGCCACGUGGAUCAGGCCUAAUAACGUCGUGGUCAACCAGCUGUUUGGCGGUUUCACUGGGCUUUCGCUGAUCCCUAUCACCUUUGACUGGACGUAUAUCUCGGGCUACAUCCAGAAUCCAUUACUGUCGCCAUGGCACGCCCACUUCAAUCUGCUGGUCGGACUGUUCCUGGUGAUGAUCAUCCCUGUUCUUGGAAUCGCUUACGGCGGUGCUUUCUACGCCGACUAUCUGCCCAUCAAUACUUCGCGUACUUUCGACAAUACCGGAAAUAGAUACAACGUGACCAAGAUCCUGACGCCAAACUUCACGCUUGACGUGGAAAAAUAUCGUGAUUAUUCCCCUAUCUUUCUGGCACCCACCUUCUUCAUGAAUUAUGGAUUAUCCUUCGCCGGACUCACAGCGUCGCUUUUCCACACGAUUCUUUUCCAUCGCAAGGAGAUCUGGUAUCGCUAUAAGGAAGCACGAAACCAAGAGCCUGAUAUACAUUUCAAAAUGAUGAAAAAAUACCCCGAAGCGCCCGACUGGUGGUAUGGAAUCGUCUGGGUGAUCGCAAUGGCAUUUGGAUUGGCCACUGUCCUCGGCUACGAAACAAACAUGCCAUGGUGGGCAUUCCUCCUGUCUUGUCUUAUUGCAUUCAUAUUCAUCAUCCCGCUGUGCAUGAUCUAUGCCAUGACAAAUAUCCAGGUUUCUUUGAACGUCUUAUCGCCCUUCCUGGCUGGAUACAUCAUCCCAGGUCGGCCGAUUGGAAACAUGAUCUUCAAAGUCUUCAGCACCAUUGUCCUUGGGCAAGCACAAGUCUUCAGCGGCGACCUCAAGAUGGCCCACUACAUGAAAAUCCCUCCCAGGACAACAUUCUCAUGUCAGGUCGUGGCGGCCACUUGGGCCGUAUUUGUACAGAUCUCGGUCAUGAACUGGGCCCUAGGCAACAUCGACGAAAUCUGCACACCCGACCAGCCAAGCAAAUUUACAUGCCCCAACGGGAGCACAUUCUUCUCCUCCUCAAUCGUCUGGGGUGUCAUCGGCCCCGGUCGCGUCCUGGGUUCGGGCUCAAUGUAUUCCAACAUCCAUUUCUUCUGGCUCGCCGGAGCGAUCCUCCCCGUCAUCUUCUAUCUAGCCACCCAGAAGUACCCCCGGUCCUUCGUUCGAUACCUGAACGCCCCUGUGAUCCUCGGGUCCAUGGGCUGGCUGCCGCCCGCCACCCCACUGAACUUCUCCACCUGGGCGAUUGUCGGUCUCACCUUCAACUACUGGAUUCAACGCCGCUGGAAUGGCUGGUGGAGGACGUACAACUAUAUUACCGCUGCAGCAUUGGACUCGGGCCUGGUCAUCUGCACACUCGUCGUCUUCUUCGCCAUCACACUGCCUGGUGUCACGCUUCCGCAGUGGUGGGGUAAUGUCACGGUAUUCGAAACUUUGGUCGGUGAAAUCCCUUACGUUCUCAAAAGCUGA